AACUUAGAUGAUCUUUUACAAUUCAAUAGCAAAAAUUUGGAAAUUGAAGAAAUGUUAGAUUUCAGUACAUUUUUGAAUAAACAAACAAAUAAAAUAACUUAUAAUAAUUUAGAACUUGAAGAUAAUGAAUAUGAUUAUAAUAUUGAUCAAGUUAUUAAUGCAUCUAUGAGUAAGGAUAUAUGA